UCUUCUCUUCUGUAACCACUCUCUUCGACAACCAAGGACGAUAGACUACCUUUCGCACUAGCCAUGCCUCCCAAGUUCGAUCCCAAUGAGGUGAAGAUCAUCCACCUGCGUGUGACUGGUGGUGAGGUCGGCGCUCAGUCCGCUCUGGCCCCCAAGAUCGGUCCCCUCGGUCUGUCUCCCAAGAAGAUUGGUGAAGACAUCGCCAAGAACACUGGCGACUGGAAGGGUCUCCGUGUCACCGUCCGCCUGACCAUCCAGAACCGUCAGGCCGCCGUCUCCGUUGUUCCCUCCGCUUCUUCCCUCGUCAUCAAGGCCCUUAAGGAGCCUCCCCGUGACCGCAAGAAGGAGAAGAACAUCAAGCACUCCAAGUCCAUCCCCAUGGACGAGAUCAUCGAGAUUGCCCGCAUCAUGCGCACUCGCUCGAUGGCCAAGGAGCUGCGCGGUGGUGUCCUUGAGAUUCUCGGUACUGCUUUCUCCGUCGGCUGCCAGGUCGAUGGCCGCAGCCCCAAGGAUGUCUCCGAUGACGUUAAGUCUGGCGAGAUUGACAUUCCCGAGGAAUAAAUUAUUCUCUCUUGAAUGCUCAAAAAAGAGGUGGCCUAUCUGAUUUCUAUGGCGUGCUCUCUUAAUGUUGAGAUGCUAGUUGCAGAAUACGAAUGGUUUCUCAAACCAACAAAAUAUUCAUGAGUCAUGACCUAUGAUACCUUUUUCUAAUUCGCGAGUGUCCAAUUGGAACAAAUUGACCAGCUCGCUGCUUGUUCUUUUAUCUCGUUCCUUUCCGGUUGUAUUCCUCCUUUCUCCUUUCUCUCCCAAACUCCUCUCGUGAUCCUCCCGUCUUCUCCUAUGGCGAUGAGAAUAAUGGAAGGCUAUGCCCGGCGCAGCCGACAGUCCGUCCUUUGGAUGGAACCCCCACAACACUCUGGCCCUUACUGUUCUUUCCCUACGGGGAUUGAUCAUAUCAAAACGUGGUAUAGGCUUAUUUUAAGUGGGGAAGAGAAAACCAGUCCCAUUACUCAUCGCGGUAUCCUUGGAGCUUGUCUUCGUGGGUACAGUGAUCCAUAUUUCGGGUCUACAUCUCUUGCAGAUGAGAACUAUUUUUGUCUCUCGUAGGCUGUAGUCUAGCUAGCUUGAAUCAACC